AGAAGAAGAAGAAGACGAAGAAGAAGAAGAAGCAGCAGCAAUAACAGAUACCCGGUAGUCAAGCCGCGGAUUAACACGUACAUGCCGAACAUUAGAGUUAUUUGGUUCAUUUGUCAACACAAGAAGUCAUCGUUUCGCACACGGCGCCAUUAAAAUACACUUUUAUCCGAGCUCAUCAGUGUGAGGGGCAGCGGGUAUCCAUCAGCAGGACAUGGCGGCUGAAGCUGUGGUCACCGUUCGGCUGGUCAGGUCCUUCGAGCACAGAAACUUUAAACCUGUGGUGUUUCACCGAGUCCGUUUGGACCAAACGGUGCAGGACUUCAUUCAGCUCGUCAGAGACGAUAUUGCAACAAGGCAAGGGCUUCCUCCUCCUUUCAAGAAAUACGCUUAUGACACAAUGAAAAUUAUCCACCAAGCACAUGGAGCAAAGAGUAAUGAGUUGGUGAUGAGUUUAGAUGAAGACGAAAAGCUUAUUCUGCAAGAUGACCAAACCCUUGCAACUGCUGGUGUUGCAAAUGAAACUGAAGUGGCCUUCUUCAAGAAAGAUGACUACAGACUCUACAAAGCAAAUCCAAAAACUGCUUGGUGACUGCAGUAUUUUACUUACUUUACCUCUUCUUAGCAAAGAGGAUUCUUAGAGGAAAGAGGUCAAAGGUUAAGCAUGCCAGAAACAAUAGGAAAAAAUGGUGAAAUUGUAUUUCUAUCAGAGUUUUAGUUUUUGGGGGUGUUUUUAAAAGUGCAGCUUAUUGUCCACCACACUGGUAUGCCUUUUUUAUUUAUAUGUUUCAUGUUCUUUGAUUUUUCUUGUGGUAGUUAUGACCAUGGACAUUUUUAUGUUGUUUUAAAAUGUGCUAAAUAAAGUUCUUUGACAGGUG